ACUGCUGGAACCACUGUUGUGACUGUUGAUGUCACUGUGACCGACUACACCACUUACUGCCCUGCGUCCACCGUUGUAACAGUCACCACGUGCAGCAAUGAUCAGUGUGCUCCCACGACCGUGACUGUCAGUGAGGCAACCACUUUGACUGUAACUGGUGAAUGUGUAGUUGAAUCAACGCUCACAACUGCAGCUAGUUCCACGCUCGGCAGCAACUUCUCCACAGUCUCGGAGUUUAGCUCUGCUUUUAUCACGCAAGCCAGCUCCACUCUUGUGACGCAGAUCAGUUCCUCUCUCGAGUCUACGACAAUCGGCCUGUCUAACUCUUCCUCAAUUACUACUUAUGAAGAUGGUGCAGGGAAAGCUGCUAUUGGUGCUGCUGGCUUAGUGGGUGUUGUUGCCUUCUUGAUUUAG